GGCUCGUACCACCACAUGUAUCGACAUUCUCUAGCAGUGGCUUCUGCUGGUUUGUAAAAAAAUUAAGUACAAUAUGCGAAAUUUCCCGACGCCGUCCAGACUUCCGUAACAAGCCUCUCACCAUUCCACCUCCCACCUCGAACCGCAACCCUCGACCCUCGACAAUUCCUCCCCUCGUGGAACAGGGCCAAUUGGCAUCCCAUCGCCGUCCCUUGCACCGCUGAUUGAUCGCUCGUUCCGUCUCUUAGCACAUACCGGCCCAAUGUCUACCACUUCGGGAGCCAACGUGCUCCGGUACUCGGCUCUUGCUCUAGGUGUUUUCUACGGUUUCACGCACCAGAGAAGUAUCAACGCAUCGCAAAGGGCCGCCGCGGCAAAGAAAGAGUACGAACACAAGCAGCAGUUAAUAGAGAAGGCGAGGGCCGAAUAUGCGAAGUCCAAAAACCCAGCUCCUGCGGCGUCUGAGAAGAGUCCCUUGAAUCAAGACCCGAUGGACCCCAACUUCGACCUGGAAGCCUACCUCAACGCCCUCGCGGCACAAAAUCCGUAGGGAUGUAAUAAUACUAAUACCAGGCCCGAUGCGCGUGGAAAUGCAAUAGAGACUAGGGGCAGAGACGGGAGAGAGGGCUGGAGGUGAACUCGGUGCGGCCGGGGUUGGAUCGAAGCUGCUUCCUCUACCGGCGACUUUGCAGGCUCUGUGUAUGAUUGCGAUAUGGUUCCCAAAAACAACCACCUCAUAGAUUUCCUCGGGUUUCACGCUGUACAUGUGUACAAUACCAAAACUUAUGCUAACUUAGACCCAUUUGGCACUGGGAUGGCCGGAUCUUGCAUGACGUUUAUGGUACGGCCCUUGGCGGCUGGGUUCAAUUUCUUUGAGUGAAUUUUAUAUUAUUUACUAUCACUUCCUAUCCUUACGUGUUGCAUCCAAUUUACCAAGCAGGCGAGGACUAGGGUUUUGCUCAGACAGAAUCUGCCAAUAUUUCAGUCCAUUUACAGCCAUAUGAAAUCUAUAUGAAAAGCCUCUAGUAAAAUGCUGAGGCAAUAUUGAGUAUUGAGUAGGUGGAUAGCAUUCUGACAGAUGGACACUCUCAAUUACUAUUGAUCUAGCUAUGAUACGAAAGACAGAGCUCUUAGUUUGUAUGAUGUAUAGUUAUGCCUAAUAUUGUAUAAACAAUGUCUUGAAAUAUUUAACAAGAUUUAAGACGAGAGCCC